CAAGUCGCCCCGUGUGACAGUGAAAUUAAUUAGGUACUCUUUCAAGGCGAAAUUAAAAUUCUGUUUACGUUUGAUAGCCACUUAAAUAAUUAUAAUAAGUUGUUAAAGUACAAGACCACAAUGCCUCGAUAUCACACAGUUGAAAUAAAUAAAACAGAAUGGAUUGUACCUGAAAGGUAUCAAAUGCUUACACCUGUAGGAUCUGGUGCCUACGGUCAAGUUUGUUCUGCUAUCGAUACUUUGCAUAAUAUGAAAGUGGCCAUCAAAAAACUAGCAAGGCCCUUCCAAUCAGCUGUACAUGCAAAGAGAACUUACCGGGAACUUAGAAUGUUGAAACAUAUGAAUCAUGAAAAUGUUAUUGGGCUUUUAGAUGUAUUUACUCCUGAAAGUAACUUAGAAGAGUUUCAGCAGGUAUACUUGGUGACACACCUCAUGGGUGCCGACUUGAACAACAUUGUUCGCACUCAAAAGCUUUCUGAUGAGCAUGUCCAAUUUCUUGUCUAUCAAAUCUUAAGAGGUCUUAAAUAUAUCCAUUCUGCAGGAAUUAUUCACAGGGAUUUGAAGCCUUCAAACAUUGCUGUUAAUGAAGAUUGUGAAUUAAAAAUUUUAGAUUUUGGUUUAGCACGACCAACAGAGACUGAAAUGACUGGAUAUGUUGCCACAAGAUGGUACAGAGCACCCGAGAUCAUGCUAAAUUGGAUGCAUUACAAUCAAACUGUUGACAUCUGGUCUGUCGGAUGCAUCAUGGCUGAAUUACUUACUAGCAGGACUCUCUUCCCUGGCACUGACCAUAUCCACCAAUUGAACUUGAUCAUGGAAGUACUGGGCACUCCUGCUCAGGAGUUCAUGCAGAAAAUAUCUUCAGAGUCUGCACGUAACUACAUCCAGUCGCUGCCGACGCUAAAGCGACGCGACUUCCGCGAAGUAUUCCGCGGAGCCAACCCACUGGCUGUCAACUUGCUCGAACUUAUGCUGGAGCUCGACGCUGACAAGCGCAUCACAGCGGAGCAGGCGCUGGCGCACGAGUACCUGGCGCAGUACGCCGACCCCACGGACGAGCCCGUGUCCGCGCCCUACGACCAGAGCUUCGAGGACAUGGAACUGCCCGUCGACAAGUGGAAAGAACUGGUAUGGAAAGAAGUAGUGGAAUUCAAGCCUCAUCCACAACACAUGAACACGGUGAUUGAAGUCAACCCAUCGUAAUUUGAAUGUUAUUAUUUCGAAACAUAAGCCAUUGCCCACUUAUUCGUUUUAUUGGACUAGCUUAUAAUAUAAUUGAAGCAGAUGUCCGGAAAAAUUAACACAGUAUAAAAAUAAGUUUAAGGUAACUUUGUUAUGUCAUAAAUUAAUCAUUACGUGCCACCAUGCUUCGAUAAAUAACAACGAUUUUUUUAUUUAUUUAUUAUAAAAAUAUUUUAACUACAUAUAUACAUAAGAGAAGUGCUUGUCGGCACUUUCGAAAACUAUUCGAAUUAAUUGUACCAGAGAUAAUUGGUGAAGGUUAUUUAUUUCGUAUUAUAGUUUACAAAUCUGGUACACUAGGAUUGGUCGAGGAUCAAUCAGAUUUAGGAAACAAAACUACUAUUUCUUAGGAUACACUAUUGUUACAAAUUUUGGCUUAAAAGCUACAUAUUUUUGUUACAUGCUUAUGAUACUUACGGUUAGUAUAAAAUACAAACCAAGAACUAAGAAAUCAAAAGCUGAAAAUGCAUUUCUGUAUAAAAUAAUUCUAAUACUUCGUUUCUAAAUUACAUUAAACAUAAUCAGACGACUGCCUUCGCUUAUGAAAGUCAAUUUAUAUACGUAGCUAUAUAUAGAUAAUACGUCAAAUAGUUGGGUGUUAUUUAAUAACACCUUUUUUCUGUCAGUCAGUAUAAGGAUAAAAAUUUAUGUUUGUAUA